AUGGCAAAUAACAGCGCAAAUACUGUUAAUACUGUCUAUGUGAUCACAGGCGGAAACAGGGGCCUCGGUCUUGGCCUUGUUAGAUCGCUUCUUGCGCGUAUAAAUACGACGGUUAUUGCUACUGUUCGCAAUGAGGAAGCAGCUUCAACUCUUACAGAAGAGAUAGCGACAGCCCACCACGGGCCAGGCAGCAUUCUCCGCAUUGCACAGUUAGACUUCUCAACGGUCACCUCUCCAAAAGCAAUAAGAGAUGCGUUCGAAUUCGACAUGGAACAUAUCGAUGUUCUCAUCAACAACGCUGGAGGCACAUUCCCUAUGGUCCCGGCGGCAGAGACAACCGCACACGAUCUCCGUUCUGCCUUUGAAGUCAACACAAUCGCCCCUCUACUUGUCUUCCAAGCGCUGUGGCCACUCCUGCAAAAGUCCUUGAGACCGAAGCUCAUCAUGAUGACAUCGUCUGUUGGUAGCAUUGCAGAUAUGGAGCCUGUCCCCGGCGGUGCCUAUGGUCCAAGUAAGGCCGCUCUCAACUGGCUCACCAGAGCCCUGCAUCUCGAGACGAAAGAUAGCGGUCUCGUUACGAUUGCGCUUCAUCCAGGCUGGGUGCAGACACGUGCGGGUCAAUUCGUCGCAGAUCAAUGGGGAUUCCCUUCAGAACCCCCGGAUACGAUCGAGUCGAGUGUCGAAGAAAUGUUGAAGAUUAUUGAUGAGGCAUCCGAAGAGACAUCAGGAAAGUUCAUCACUCAGAAAGGUCAGAUAUUGAGAUGGUAA